AUGGGUAUGAUGUUCAUGUACGACUGGAUAAACAGUCUUAUAAGCGUCGAGAAUUUCGAGCUAUUCACCCUGGAUGAUGUGGAUGUGGCAUUUGAUCGAAUACAGAAGUUGAAAUUCAACCAAACAGUUCCACUCCGAGGUGAUAGCCAGAUUAAAAUCACUGCACUACCUGCUGGACAUAUGAUAGGAGGUGCUAUGUGGCGAAUUACUCGACAUGAUGAAGAGGAUAUUAUUUAUGCAGUGGACUAUAAUCAUAAGAAAGAACGGCAUUUGAACGGAUGUUCAUUUGAUACCAUUUUGAGACCAUAUCUGCUGAUCACGGACUCCCUUAAUGCUCUAUACACCCAGCCUAGACGAAAGGAGCGAGACGAACAACUAGUUACGACGAUUCUGAAGACGGUCCGUCAGAAUGGGGACUGUGCAAUUGUUAUAGACACGGGAGGUCGUGUACUUGAGAUUGCUCACCUGCUGGAUCAGCUAUGGGCAAAUACCCAGUCCGGUUUGCAAAAGUACAAUCUAGUAAUGAUGAGUCAUGUAGCCGCUUCCGUAGUUGAAUUCGCAAAAUCUCAAGUGGAAUGGAUGUCAGACAAGGUGUUGAAAAGCUUCGAGAUGGGCCACACAAAUCCAUUUCUACUCCGAAACGUAAAACUGUGUCAUUCUCAGAUCGACCUGGCUAGAGUUCGUUCACCGAAGGUUGUGCUAUGUAGCGGCAUUGAUAUGGAGUGCGGCUAUUCUCGAGAACUAUUUCCUCGACUGGUGUACCUGAACAGCAGAAAUUCGUUUAUUAUCACAGGUCGAUCAAGUGAGCGAACCCUCUGCUCGAAACUGAUCUAUAUGGCCGAGUGUUUGGCGACGAAUGCAAGAACGAAUCGAAUUGUCGCGCUGGAAGUAAAGAAAAGAGUCCGGUUGGAAGGAGCUGAGCUGGAAGCAUAUAAGAAGAAGAAAAUGCAAAAGGACAAAGAGGAGGCUCGGCGAAGUAGUUACAUAGGCUGGAGGAGCAAGAGAAGCGCCAAGCAGAAAUGCGAGGAUUUGACUCCGAUGAUGACGAUGAGAUUAUGGCGAGCGCGUUGGUGGCUGUGGAAGCGUUGUGCACAAAGAAGAAAGCGAGAAGAAGAACAGCAAGCAGCAGCGGCUGCUGCUCGAGAAAAUGGCCACCCAUCGCCGAUUGCCACAUCUACGCCAAUGAUCGUCGAUCCAACGCCCAUAAAAGAAGCCACUUCUGAAGCUGAAAUGGAAGACGACUCUUUCGGUAAGGAGUGA